AUGGAGAACUAUACUUCGGAUUCGAGUGAUUCAGAUGGCAACUCAAGAACUUUAGAUUUGUCAUAUUUGAUGCUUGACAGUUACAUAUUGGACGAACAUUUUGUCAUGAUGAAAAGUCCCGAACAUGUGGAUACCAUUUUGGUUCAUCAAAAUCGUAUUAACAUUAUUCCACCUAGCAUUAGUCGAUUUACCAAUUUGAAUGCAUUGGACAUAUCAAAUAGCGGUUUAAACCGAAUUCCGGAUUUCCUUGGUGAUUGUCCAUUGACCUGUUUAAUCGCUAGGAAUAAUAAUUUAACUAACGAUUCUUUGCCAAAAAGCUUCGACAAUUUACCCGGUCUGCGUGAGCUCAAUUUAAGUGGGAACAGAUUAAGAGAAUUUCCUGAACAAAUACUUGAUCUCCACGAGCUCAAGUAUCUUUAUCUCGGUGGAAAUCAAAUUACAGGGAUCAACAAGGAUCUAUGGAAAUUACAACGAUUGCAAGUACUUUCAAUAGGAGGUAACAGACUGACCGAAGUUCCCUCGACAUUAGGUCAAUUAAAAUCAUUACAAGCCUUGGUACUCUGCGAUAAUAUGAUAGAGAGUUUGCCGAGUUCAAUAGCAAAUCUAACGAAUCUUAAAUCCCUCCUACUACAUAAGAACAGAUUGAAAACGUUGCCUACGGAAAUUAUCACGCUGAGAUGUUUGACAGAGCUUUCUCUGAGAGAUAAUCCUCUUGUGGUCAGAUUCGUAUCGGACAUGACGCACAAUCCUCCCUCCUUAUUGGAGUUGGCCGCACGAAUUAUUAAAAUGAACGAUAUGCAAUACGACGAAGAACACAUUCCUAAAAAUCUUGUGGAAUAUUUGAACAGUGGACACCGUUGUGUGAACCCUAAGUGUAAAGGUGUAUUUUUCAAUAAUCGCGUUGAACAUGUAAAAUUCGUUGAUUUUUGUGGAAAGUAUCGUUUACCAUUACUUCAAUACCUCUGUAGCAGUAAUUGCAUCGGACCUCGUGACGGUGAAGAGGAAGUUGUUAGUGGAGCGAUGAUAAGGAAAGUAUUGCUUGGCUGAUUAUUAUCAUAUAUUUCUAGGAAAAUGUAUUUUCUACUCUGUCUCCUCACACGAUUCUCAUCUUUUUACGGAAGGGUGUUGCGACAAGUUUUGCGCAUCAAUUUUGACUAAAAAUUCAUAAUUUAACCAAAAAGAAAUGAAUUAUUUUCAACCUCAGGGUUACCUCAGGGGGUUCCAAAUUUUAAAUGAAUAAUAAAUAUAAUUAAAUGAAUUCAACUAAUUAUAAUAAUUAGUGAGAUGGAUUAACGAAUAAUGGAAUUAAAAAAUGAUCAUCUAGAAGAUUAAUUUUGUACCAAUAAAAAAUUUGAAAAGCACAAAAAGAAAAGUGUAAAUUUUAUUAACGAAAUAUCGAAUAUGACCUACAAAAGGAUUAAUAAUUAGGAGUAGAAAUAGUAAAAUAUGAACGAUAAAAGGGUUAAUAACUUGUAAUUUAAGACCUGUAUAAGAGAGAAUGUUUUAAUAAUAAUAUUAUAAUAAUAAUUAUCAUUUGUGUGUAUAUGUAUUAAUCAGCAACGACAACGAAAAAAUCAAGUUCGAAUUAAAUAGCAUCUUUGUCAA